UCUAGGGUUACGUUACGUACGUUCCAGAAAGCCGGAAGUGUGAUGUGGCUUUGACUCACAACAAAAAUGUCUGCCAUUUUCAACUUCCAGUCACUGUUAACAGUGAUUCUCCUCCUGAUCUGUACCUGCGCCUACAUCAGGGCGCUGGCUCCCAGCCUGCUAGACAAGAACAAGACUGGGAUUCUAGGAAUUUUCUGGAAGUGUGCAAGAAUAGGUGAGCGGAAGAGUCCCUGGGUGGCUUGCUGCUGUGUCGUCAUGGCUUUCAGUAUACUGUUUGUACAGUAGCAGACCGAAGAAAACCGUGAACGGAAACAUUGGGGAAAUGAACAGACAACAAGGCAUGGACCGUACAACCCUAGAAGCAUAGCAGGACCUCCAGUCGUUGUCAUUUAGAUAAUGUAAAAAUGGAGACCUGUCACCACUCAACGUAGCCACGGACAGAGAAAAUGUGUCAGGGGGAGGGAUGAGCUGAUAGCCCCAGAGUGUGUCUAGAUCCCUCCACGGACUUCCAGGUCUGUCCUUGUGUUUGCUAAUGUGGAAUGUUUACUCCGGAUGUAUGUGUGUGUCUGCCAUUUAGUUUAAAAGACAGAAGUCAAAUUCUUGGUGGGAUCAAAAUGAUACAUUGUUUGUCCAAACAUUUCAAGCUGAAGUUUUUCUUCCCUGCGUGUUUAUCACAGUUGCAUCAACCUGUUUGAAAUUCUCCACAAAAAGGACCUUCAUAAAUGUUCAUAACUCACAUGCGAUUCACAUGGAGGCUUAUAUUUGGAAACUGAGCUACAACGUUGUGUGACUUACAUCAUUCACACACCUUCUUUGUUGUAAAAUGGUAAAAUGGCUCUACUGAUGGUUAGUUGUUCUGCAUAUUUGCCUCAAAGAGCUACUGAUGUUUUUAAAGUCAGUCAGUUUGCCACUAUUUAUUAAAAGAACCUUUUUGGAAAUCUG